GCCACAUAGUACAGAGAAUGUACUUGCAUGUUUUUUUAGGGGAGCAAUGGAAAAAAGUCACAUUUGAUUUUGAAGGACAUAAGAGGAACAGGAGACAACCAAUUUCCUCUCCAUCUCCGAUGUUUCAUGUUGGUGACAGUGCUAUUUAAAAAUCUUUGGGGGAGGCCAAUUAGAGAUGUCAUGAUUUGCCUUUGCACGAUUCAUGGCAUGGGAGGACGACAUGAAAUAAUGACCGCUGAGCUGGAGAUGUGCCAUUAAGAUGGGAGGAGUGUUAAAGCUGAGUGGGUGUAUGCUGAGGGUGGUGGUCUUAACAAGCAGACUCUGUGGAAAUGCAUGAGACGUGACCCAUGUUUUCAUCAGUGGGGGGUGGACAUGCUGUGUGUUUGUACAUGCUGAUGUGUGUGUAAGUGUCAAGCGCUUUGACUGUCUCUCGUCUUGUUUGAGCAGUUCAUGCACUUUGGCUCACACUCUGAAACUGUGAUUUCUUAUCCACUGCAUCAGGUGUCAGUGAAGCCAUUACCCCAAAGGUGGUGUUGGUUACAGCAGACACACCCUGUGGAUAGCGGAACCGAUUUGUAGUCACAUAAUCACCACAACUGGAGACCAGAAAUGGAGAACAAAACAUCAGGAAUGAGCGAGGGCCUCCAUGUGAACUGCAGUAUGUCUGGAAGAUACAGCUUCAUCUUCACCUUCAUCCCUGUCGUCUACGGAUGCAAUUUCGUCAUCGGGAUCAUUGGCAAUAGCAUGGUGGUGGCUGUCAUCUACCGCUACAUGAAGCUGAAGACAGUAGCAAACGUGUUUGUGCUCAAUCUAGCCAUAUCGGACCUCACUUUCCUUAUUACGCUACCUUUGUGGGCCACUUUCACAGCUACGGGUUACCACUGGCCCUUUGGGACCUUCCUGUGCAAAGCAAGUGCCGGAUUGGUCAUCUUCAACCUCUAUACUAGCAUAUUCUUCCUCACCGCUCUUAGCAUUGAUCGAUAUCUUGCUAUUGUACAUCCGGUGCGCUCCAGACGCCAGCGCACGCUUUUCUACGCCAACCUGACGUGUGUACUCAUAUGGCUGUUUGCCUUGCUCCUCAGUGCACCUACGGCGUUAAGCCGGGAUGUGUACGACAUUGGGAACUCUACGUUGUGUGCUGUCUGGCACCGCAGUGAGCAGAUUAACUUGCUAGUUACCCUUAGCGUGCUAAAAAGCGUGCUAGGUUUCCUUGUGCCUUUCCUCGUCAUCAUCACCUGCUAUUGUCUGAUCGGUCGGGCACUUUUGGAUUCCAGGGGUCUGUUGAGGAAAAGCGUUCGCUCUCGGGAAGACGAAACUCUACGUAUGAUAGCCGCUACUGUGCUAGCUUUCUUUGUCUGUUGGGCUCCUCACCAAGCUUUCCACUUCAUGGAGCUGCUGGCCACGCUCGGCGUAGUGGGAAACUGCCAAACACUGGAUGUUAUUGACACAGCCAUGCCAUUUACCAUCUGCAUCUCCUAUUUAAACAGUUGUGUAAACCCCAUUCUUUAUGGGUUUGUUGGACACAACUUUCGCAAGAACCUACUGAGGUUACUAGGGUGUGUGUCUGGACAAUCUAGCAAUAACUUUAGCAUUAGCUCAAAGAUGAAUGUCAACACCCAUUUUACCUCUGGUCUGCUCAACCCAACAAGCUCCAAGAAUGAUUCAACAUCCACUGUUAAGACAUCUUAAGUAUAAAAGGCACAGCUGAAAUUCUGUAUUGAUCUGUUUUGGGAUUUUGAAUGGUACUAUAAGAUAUUUUUUGAUUAGCUAACAACAGGCUAAUGCACUGCCAGAGCAUAGUUCUGAUAAACAUACACAGUUACUGUGACAAUAAAAAUGCUUUCUAAUCAAGCGGGCGAUAGAAUUGCCUUCAAAUGUCAGUUUCAUUAAGAUGUGUUAUUCUGCAAUAACUAUGUUAACUCACUUGUCAAGAUUCUUCAUCAUGACUGCAGAGAAAACUGAACAUAUAAAAUACAGUUUAUGCCAAUAUCUGUUAGUGCCGAUAACUAAUGGUCUGCUUCUCUAGUAAGUUUUUUUUUUUCAAGUCAACUGCACUUGCAUUAAGUUUUUGCAGUCUAACACAUUAUGAAUGCAAAUUAAUCACAGAUUAAUGCAAUUAAUUUGGCAUUUGACUAAAUACACUGAAAUAUUACAUUUUAUUUUUUUAUUUAAAAAAAAUUAUUUUAAAUAAUUUCUUUUUCAUAACAAUGGACCAUAUUUAUCACAUAAAAUCUUAAAUAUAUACAUAAAAAAUAAUUAGAAUAAAAAUGUAUUGCAUAUUGCAAAAACUAUGUAUAGGUGAUACUGUGUAUAUACUUAUCUUGGUCACUCCUUUUUUUUCACUUUAAAUAUUGUCUUUUACUUAUACCACAAUGUAUAUAACAUUUUUGAAUUCAGUACAACAGUGUAAAAUGUUCAAUUAUAUUUGUGACCUAGUUAAUUCAUAUACUUGAGAAUGUGUCCCUGUAGUGCAACUGUAAUGUUUCAAGGCUUUUCUAGAAAAAUAAAAUCAGUUGAUAACUGUAGUAAGAUAUUAACUGCUUCUAUAUGAGAUAUGAAUGUGAAAAAUAAACAUUGAAGACAAAAAAAGUUUUACAUUGUUGAAUGUUUUUGUUUUGUUAUAUAAUUUCUGAUGUUACAAAGACAUUACUUUUUUAUUAUUAUUAUUAUUA